GCAUUUGCCAAAAAUAAACCCAGUCAGGCAUUCAUUCAUUGUUGUUACAAAACACCAACCACCACGAACACAGACAGCGACCCCCCUCCCCAACAAACUUGCACCAUACCUGCCAUGACCACCACCGUUGUUGUUGUGGGAGGCGGCAUCAGCGGCCUGGCCUUUGCCUGCGCGUUUCUUGGGGAGGAGGACGAGCAGACGCAAACCACGCAGCACAGCACGCAGCACAGCACGCAGCACAGCACGCAGCACAGCACGCAGCACAGCACGCAGCACAGCACGCAGCACAGCACGCAGCACAGCACGCAGCACAGCACGCAGCACAGCACGCAGCACAGCACGCAGCACAGCACGCAGCACAGCACGCAGCACAGCACGCAGCACAGCACACAGGAGAGCACACAGGAGAGCACACAGCAGGCACCCAAGGAGACAGCCAACCGCAAUGCAGCCCACGCAGCCAAGAAGGUGGUGGUGGUGUUGGAGCGAGCCGCGUCUCCAGAGGACAUGCAGACGCAGCUGGGCCACUCGCUCUCGCUGCGCGCCGACGCGGGUGGUGUGGAUGCGGUCGCACGCCUUGGCAUGGAGGAAGAGCUGCGGUCCUUGGCCACAGUCUCCCAAGGCCCCGUCUUGGCGGAGGUCGUGCAGCGGCAUGUGCGCAAAGUGAUUGCAUCCGACGAGGUGCUCGCCAACGCCCGUCGUCUUGGCAUUCGCAUCAGCCGAUUUGUGCUCUGGCAGGCGCUGUUGAAGCGAGCACAGGCACUGGGCGCAGACGUGCGCUUUGGCGCAGAGGUAACCGGGCUACAGCAGAUUGAGGCGCUCAGCCACAAGCGCAACCAAGACAGGCUGAGCAGUGUCACAGCAACAGCACAGGCCGCAACACAGUGCGUUGAUGUGACGCUGGCGGACGGCUCGGCGCUGCGGGGCGACGUGCUUGUGGCAGCAGAUGGCGUUGGAUCGACAGUCCGUCGUAUGCUGGAACCAGAGUGGACGGCAGAUGUCCUCGACACCGUCAUCGUUGGUGCCACCGUGAACGUCGACGACAUGGACGCCGCGCUUCCGCCAAUGCUCCACCGCCGACACGGCCUCGUGUGCGGCCGCGAAGGUACAGCGCUGUUUCUUGCUGAUGAAGGAGACAACCGCGUCUUGGUCGCCCUCGCGCUCCCCACGCCCCCCUCAGAACAGGGGACCCUGUACGCACACGACGCCCUCCGCCACGACGAGGCGCUCAUGGCCCGCGCGCUGGGGGCUGCCGCUGAAUAUGGCGACAAGCUGGAGGCGUUGAUCACACAGGCCGUCACGGCACCUUCGUCGUACGUGCGCAUGUGUCGCGAUGGUGCCUGCGUUCCACCGCGCGGCCGCGUCGUCUUCAUCGGCGACGCCAGCCACCCCGUCAGCCAGUUUGGCGGCGAUGGCGCGAGCAUGGCGCUGUCUGACGGCGUCGGGCUUGCUAGCAUGCUGUCCCGCGCGGUGCAAUCUGCAGCCCAAGGAGGGCAUGGCGAGGGAGACGCAUCUUCCUCCUCCCCGGUCGAUGUACAAGGUGUUUUGCAGCAGUUCUUUGCACAGACGGCACCAGCAUGGCGCAAGGCACGACAGUCGCCCCACAACGCGGCCAAAAUCCUCCUCACCAGCUCGCCGACCGCCUUGUUCCUGCGUGACACGGCGUUUGCGACCACACGGGCAGCCGUCGCACACCCCCGCGUCUCCGCCAUCACAGCAGGCGUAGCGCUCGCAGCGCUGGCUGCUGGUGUUGCAUAUGGCACACGACGUCUCAUCCGCGCACUCGCUUGAGCAGGCGUGCACUAUGGUUCUGUGUGUGUGUGUGUGUGUGUGUGUGUGUGUGU